GUUUGAGUCAGUGUUGGAGUACAGAAGAAAUUGGAUGUGUGACAGAAGAAGUGCAGCACUGCGUUUAGACUUGUAGACUUAUUACUAUUUAUGCAUGAGGGGAUCGUUCUAACUCUGGACGUUUAAGAGAGGACCGAAAUUCAAAGAACUAAAUAUUAAUACGUGAGCACGCAACAGAAAUGGGAGACUGGAGCUCUCUUGGGAAGCUUUUGGAAAGUGCCCAGGAGCACUCAACGGUGGUGGGCAAAGUCUGGCUAACCGUACUCUUCAUCUUCCGCAUCUUGGUGCUUGGUGCUGCCGCAGAGAAGGUUUGGGGCGAUGAGCAGUCCGGCUUCACCUGCGACACCAAACAACCUGGUUGUCAGAAUGUAUGUUAUGAUAUAACCUUCCCGAUCUCUCACAUCCGAUUCUGGGUGCUUCAGAUCAUCUUCAUCUCCACUCCGACACUGAUCUACCUGGGCCACAUCCUGCACCUGGUGCGCAUGGAGCAGAAACAUAAACGCAAUGAGGCGAACGGGGCAGACAAACAGGCACUUUUGAGCACCAAAUCUGGAAAAGGUCCCAUACGUGACGAACAGGGUAAGAUCCGUCUGCAGGGAGUCUUGCUACGCACAUAUGUCUUCAACAUCAUCUUCAAAACGCUGUUUGAGGUGGGCUUCAUUGUGGCACAGUACUUCCUGUAUGGUUUUGAGCUCAAGCCACUGUACACCUGCAACAGAUGGCCCUGUCCCAACACCGUCAACUGCUACAUCUCACGGCCUACAGAAAAAACCAUCUUCAUCAUUUUCAUGCUGGUCGUGGCCUGUGUUUCUCUGCUGCUCAACCUGAUAGAGAUGUAUCACCUGGGUUUUACCAAAUGCCGUCAGGGUCUCCGAUACAGGCGCUCUCAUUCUGUCUGCGACACUGAAUCUAAAGCACCCAGUGAGGACGCGGUGGUUCCGUUUGUGCCAAGCUACCCGUAUUUUCCUGCUCAUGCACCACCUCCGGCUCCUUUUCCCACCGAGCCACACUUCAACCUCUCAGAACCCGAUGGAACCUUCCCGCCGCACGGCAGCCGCUCUGUUUAUAAGCAGAACCGUGAAAACAUGGCUGUAGAGCGCAGUGGGAAACCGGACGCAGCAGAUGUCAAGAUGAACAAAACAGCGAAUUCUGUACCCGGAUCACCAAGCCAGCAGCGCAGGCCCAGCCAUUCAAGUCGCUACAGCAACAACAAGACCAGGAUGGAUGACCUCAAAAUCUGACCAGAAGAAAACGAGACUCCAUCACUGAUUCUGCACAGAUUUCCUCUUCUGCUCACAGGCAUUGAGCGUAUGAUGAGAAUAAUUUACAAAAAUGUCAUUAAGACAUCAGAAUCAGGGAGCCUGAGUGAAAAUUGGUGUGAUGCUUUACUUGAAUUCAUUUUGUGGGAACAUUGCAAUAACUUGAUCAUUAACUGAAAAGAUGAUGACUAGAUCAUAGACUAAAUCAUAUGGAAGCUUUGCUUUGAUAAAUCAUAAUCAAAGAGACAAAAAGUAGAAAUUAUGACAUUAAGACAAAAAGUCAAAAUUACAGCAUAAAG